AUGUUGCGUCACGUCGCCCGCGGUCCCUUCCGCACAUCGCGGGCCACCAUCCCCGCCUUUUCUAUCCGUUCUCGUAUUCUAUGUUCUAUUCCGUUUGCUUUAACCCUCUAUACUCUUCUCUCUUCUCUCUUCUCUUUUCAUCUCCCUCCAACUCCCAUCGGUGAAUCCAACUCGCCCACUCUUUUACUUCACUCCGCUAUCAAAUGCUCUUUAAACUGGCUGACAAUUAAAUCUAAAAGGUCCUACAAUCUUGCUUGUUUCUUCUACAAGCUCAUAAACUCUGGGGAACCAAAGUUACUGAGAGACCUUUUUAUUGAUGAAUCUCCUGACAUCAGACGAUCCGAUAGACUGGCUACAAAAUACAAUAAUAACUCGUUCACCGUAACUGCGAUUCGUCUCUGGCGUGACCUACCAGCUGAUAUCAUAAACGCACUGAGUCUUGAGACCUUCAAAAUAAAAGCUUUUGAAUUCCUUAAACAUCUGGAGUUAGAAAAGCAAACGUGUUAA